AUGCUCCAAUAUGAGCAACAGCUUUGGCAGCAACUGUAUCAACGGCGCCCCGCCCCGACUUCGCUGCGUCAGCUAUUUGCCGGCGAUACGCUGCCAGAUCGCUUCGUCACCGGAGUAUUAGAAAGCCUACCCGAUGGGGCGCUUUUCAAGCACGAGUAUCCCGGGAUCGUCAAGACUAGUGUUGAAACCCUUGGCAAAAUUACUGCAAAGAAGGAAAAAUACUCUCCGACUCUGCCUGUCGAGGACCUGGACCUAACACCGGAAUACGAUCCGGAUAGCUCCUUCAGCCCAGUCCCUUCCCAACAAACAAUGACGCCACCGGUAGACUUUACAGAUGAUGGAGGGCUCGAUAUGGAUGAU